AUGGGCGAGCUGAUCCGCCUGAAGGUGUCGGUGGCCGGGCGGCCGCUGCCGCGCGUCACGUGGCUGCACAACGGGGAGCCCCUUCCGUUCGGCGGCCGCUACGAGGUGACCAACACGGAGCGCGCGUCGGCGCUGAGGGUGUCGGAGGCGCGGCGCGCAGACCGCGGCGAGUACCAGGUGCGCGCCACCAGCCGCCUGGGCGAGGACGCCGCCGCCUUCCUCGUCACCGUCACAGAUCGACCCAUGCCACCUGGACGUGCAAAGGUGGUCGCUACCCAAGGUCGUGCAGUUAGCCUUGAAUGGACAGAACCCAAUGACGAUGGUGGCUGCAAGAUUGGAAAUUACAUUGUGGAGUACUACAGGAUUGGUUGGAACGUGUGGUUGAAAGCAGCCACUUGUCGCCAACUCUCUACAACUCUUGAAGAUCUGAUUGAGGGUUCUGAAUAUAAAUUUCGAGUGAAGGCAGAAAACCCUUAUGGGGUUAGCGACCCUAGUGAUGAGUCUGAAAUUGUGUUCAUCCCCGAUCCAAGGCGUGGCCUGAUGGAACCUCCAGCUCGCAAGAAAGGUUCAGACGGCCCCCUCUCCAACAAGGCCGCCACUCUGCCUCUAGCGGACGGCGACAAGCGCAAGGUAGCGGCCAAGAGCCCGGACCGGCGGCUCGUCCGGAGCAAAGAGUGGGAGGCGGUGGACAGGCCUCUGCCCGUCAUCUCCUUCGAGCGCGUCGAGGUGGGCGCGGGCGACGACCGGCCGCCGCCCGUGCCUCCGAAGACGCUCCGCCGCGCCGCGCUGCCGCAGCCGCAGCCGCAGCCGCAGCCGCCCGCGCGCCAGAGGGCCGGGCCCAGGGGCAGCGGCGACGCGCGCCUCCUCCACCCCACCUCGCCCCUGCUGCCCCGCGAGGAGGACGACUCCAUCAUGCACGGCAGCUCCGAGCUCAUGCUCGUGCUGCUGCCGCAGUCCUCGCUGGACGGCGAUGGAGGGCGGGAUGAAGAGGACGAGGAAGGAGGAAAAGGCCCCUCGCGGACCAUGCCGGACUUCGGGCAAGACUCGCUGCAAGAGUCGGUGGCGCCGCCGCUGUCGCUGUCGGCGCCGGAGCUGGGCUCGGGCGACGCGCUGCUGGGCAGCCCGCUGCGCAACGCCGUCAGCUCCACCGAGCUGCUGCACGAGCGCGCCAUGGCCCGCUUCUACCAGGCGGUGGCGGCGGAGGAGGCGCAGAAGGCGCUUGAGCGGCGCCGCUCCAUCGAGGCGCCCGCCCGCGCCGCCCACCGGCCGCGCGGCGCCUCGCUCGCCGACGAGGAGGAGAUCCGCCGCGUGCUGCGCCCCAGGCUGAACGUGCCGCCGGAGGAGCGCGAGCGAUCGCAGCAGCCUCCCGCCGAGGAGCAG